CGUUACUACUUUGCUAUGGGGACACAAACUGUGACAAAACCAGACAACGGUCCACUACCUGAACCUGAGGUGGGUCCACACUUUUAUCUUCUCCAACGGCUACUUUCACUGUCCUCCAUAAAUACAGCCAACAGGCUUCUCUGCCACCUCAGUUUCAAGUCUCAAUCUUCGCUCUCUCAAGAAGUUGCAUACUCUCUCUCUUUAAGCGCUCCUCACUCCUCCAUGGCUCACUUUCUAAGAGUUGCAACUUCUUUUUUGUUGCUCAUGAUCACCCUGCUCUUCAGCUUCUCAGAAGCUAAAGAAAUUCUUAUUGGUGGGAAAACAGAUUCAUGGAAAAUCCCAUCUUCUCAAUCUGAUUCUCUCAACAAGUGGGCUGAAAGUGCUCGUUUUAGCAUCGGCGACACUCUUGUGUGGAAGUACGACAGUGAAAAGGACUCAGUGUUGCAAGUGAAUAGGGAAGCUUACCUGAGCUGCAACACCUCAAACCCAAUUGAAGAGUACAAGGAUGGAAACACCAAGGUGAAGCUUGAUCGAUCAGGGCCGUUCUAUUUCAUCAGUGGAGCAGAGGGACAUUGCGUGAAGGGCCAGAAGAUGAUUGUGGUUGUGCUUUCUCCAAGGCGCAGGUACACUGGUAUUUCUCCAGCUCCUUCUCCUGCAGAGUUUGAGGGUCCAGCAGUCGCCCCUACAAGUACCGCUACAAGCUUGAAAGGGAGCUUAGUAAUGUCACUAGGGAUUUUGCUUUGGGGUUUGUUUUAAUUGUGGAAGGGAAAUUUGGAUUUUUCCUUUUCUACUCAUUCUUUAUUCAUUUUGUUGGUUUUGAGCCUGGGUUUAUGGAGAGAUCGACAUCAAUAUAUGAUAUUCGUUUUACAUUUC